CCUAUCUUCUCCCCGUGCAUUCUAAAUGGACCGCCAUGGAAUCUUUGAGUGCUCUUCUCUUCAUUAUUCUCAUCAACACCACCUUACCCCACAGAACUUGCUCUCCUCAACGCACAAAGUACAGCUCCUGCCUCCUGCGAACCCAGAACAUGCAGCAGCGUCGGCACUUCCAUCAGAGCAGUUAUUUGAUUUCAGUAUUUAUUUAGCGCAUCAGCCAAAUUUUAUGAUCGCUACCUAACCCCCUCCCUCCCUGAUUCAACUCUCUUACUUCCGAUAGUCCCACUCGAUUCAAAUCUCUCAGAAGAACACCAUCCCGGUAAUCAUUUUAAUUUGUCUGCUGUUAAAUAAUGGCGGAAGUCGCCAAACAGGCACGGCGGAAGCAUCUGAUCCAGCUUCAAGCCCACCCUCUCCGAACCAAGGCAAUCACUCCGGGCGUCUUGGCUAGAACCAGUAGUUUGAUUGCUCAGAAAAUUUCUGGGUCGAAGAAGAUUCUACUCCGAAAAUUGGUUCUUUUCAUG